GUGGCGGUAGUUAAGCCAGUUAGUGGAGUUAGCGCUCGGCUAUAAGUGGUGGUCACUCGCUUCGGACUUGAGUCAAUCACUCACAUCUCGCCGAGCAUCAAUAAACUUCCUAAUAAGGAAAUGCGUACCAUGUUAAUCUUUGUGAUAGUGCUGCUAGGGGUUGUGCAGAAUGGAAAAGGGCACAGUUAUAGCCUAGGGGCAUGUCCAGUCGUCGAACCACAGCAUGAUUUUUCCAUGAAUAGACUCUUGGGCGUAUGGUAUGCUGUUCAAAAAACUUCAACGGGUAGCAGUUGUAUCACGUAUAACUUUACACGAUUGACCGAGCCAUACACCUACGAAUUAGAACAAGUCAGUCAACACUUUGCUCUUGGUUUAACACCGUUAAAACAUGAAUAUCACUACACUGGAAAACUGUCCGUACCUGAUGAAGCGAUCCCGGCAAGGAUGAAAGUGCGUUUUCCACUGAGUGUUGCCGGAAGUGCGAUGUACACAGUCUUCAUGACUGACUAUGAUAAUUAUGCAGCUGUGUUUACCUGCCAGAAACUCGCAUUUGCCCAUCGUCAAUCGGUGACGAUUUUAUCCAGAGAGAGGACUUUGGAUAAAAUGUUUUUAGACAAGAUUCGUAAUCGUCUGACGACCUACAAUGUGGAUCCAUUUGAUUUAUCCAUCAUUAAUCAGCGUGAUUGUCCACGGUAUAAUGGCUCAGGAGUGAAUAUUAACAUAGAUCAAGAUACCUUCUCGCCGCAGUCGGUCGGUAAUGUAGUGCGCAAGGCAGGAGAAAAGAUUGGGGAUGGCGUCGAGUAUGUUGCCGGUGGUGUUCGUAAGAUAUAUCAUAAAUACAGCGAUGAUGACGAGUCCGAUGAGGCUGGACAUGUGUCCGCAGACAAGAUCAAACCAGCAAGGGGUCGCUAUGUUACCCCUGAUCCACAAUCAGAGUGGUUGCCAUGAGAACAAAACGCAGAGAGAGAUGAUAUCACAGCGUAGAAUUUAAGUUUGAUUUAAAUAAACAUAAAAUAGAAGAAA